CACUUCCACUUCCACUUCAUUUUAUCGAUUCUCUUUAUUGUGAAGGAAGCAAUCAUACUUUCUUCCCCCUCUCACAUUUUCCACCAUUAUUUUGGCUUGAAUAAUCUGCUUUGUUAUUCCCUUCCACAAGUUCUCAAGUUGUCCUGUCUGAAUCCCAUGCCUCUCUCUCUCUCUCUCAACUGUGAGCACUGCUUAUCUCCUUCAUCCAAAGAAACGAUUUUUAUUCUUCCUCCAGUUUAAUCUUCUGCGUUUUAAUUGAUUCGCUUAUUUGUUCUUGUUGUUCAGAAACCUCCUCUCCUCCUCCUGGCCUUUCUCCUCUCACUGUCUCAGGAAUUAUUGCUUUCUACUACCUGCAAUUGUUGUGUCCUUUUAAGAUCCACUUGCUGCCUUCGUUUGAAGAGUGCUCCAGCAUUAAAGGCAGCAUUUUUAGUCACUUUUUUUUUCGCCUAUUGUCGCUUCAAAAUUUGUUCAUGUCCGAGCAACUGUCGCUGUUAACUUUAAUCAUUUUCUCUCGAUUUUUUGAAGUGAGAUUCAUGGAGAAAUAGAGGGGAUACAGACAUAUAGUGUAGGCGGGAGAGGGGGAAGAGAGGAGAGGGAUCAAAGAUCUGGCCUUUGUCCAUAGAUCGAAACUUUUUUUCCCAAAACAUUUGUUUUCUAGGGCAAUGAGGUCGGACGCUCAGCUAGAUUCGGCGGUCUUCCAGCUCACGCCUACUCGAACCAGGUGUGAUUUGGUCAUCGUAGCAAAUGGUAAGACAGAGAAACUUGCAUCUGGCUUGAUGGCUCCUUUUCUUCCUCAUUUGAAGACUGCUCAGGAUCAGAUUGCUAAAGGAGGUUACUCCAUAAUACUUGAACCAGACACAGAGAGUGAUGCUACAUGGUUCACCAAAGGAACUGUAGAGAGAUUUGUUCGUUUCGUGAGCACACCUGAGGUCCUAGAGCGCGUAACUACAAUAGAAAAGGAGAUCUUACAGAUUGAGAAUGCGAUUGCUAUUCAGGGAAAUGAAAAUGGUGGCUCAAGCACUGUGGAAGAUCAUCAAAGCAAACCAGCAGAAACUUUCGAAGCUACCAAGUCUUCAGUUGAUAGUGAUGCAGGAAAGGCAAUUAUUCCAUAUAAGCCUGGUUCACAACCAGAUCCACCUGAUUCUAAUGGAUCUGCCAAGCAUCAGGAGAAUUCGAAGGCUCAUCUUUUGAAAGUUCUUGAGACCCGCAAAAUGGUAUUGCGCAAAGAACAGGGCAUGGCCUUUGCACGUGCUGCAGCCGCUGGUUUUGACAUGGACACUUUCCUAGAUUUGAUAUCUUUUUCUGAAAAUUUCGGUGCCUCACGUUUGAAGGAAGCCUGCUCGUCCUUCAUGGAUUUAUGGAAGAAAAAGCAUGAGACUGGACAAUGGCUUGAGGUUGAGGCUGUAGAAGCAAUGUCAAUGCGAUCUGAAUUUUCUGCUCUGAAUGCCUCAGGCAUUAUAUUUACUGCGGAUGCUAUGGCUCAGAAAGAUCACGGGGAUGCACAAAGUGUGUAUGCUGGCGAUAUUGUUGCCGAUAGCAAUGGAGACUCUGAUAAGAAGAUCCCUUCGGAGUCGAAAGUACCACUGCACCCGGAGUAUUUUCAAGGUCAAUUUCAGCCUCCCACUUAUCCACAAUGGCCUAUGCAUGCUCCACCAGGUCCUAUGUUUCAACCAUAUCCCAUGCAGGGAAUUCCCUAUUACCAGAACUAUCCAGGUAGUGCUCCUUAUUUUCAUCCUCCUUAUCCUCCGAUGGAGGAUCCUCGAUAUAACAGCUCUCGUAGAAAGGGACCGAAAAGGGUGUCAAUGGAUAGUAAAGAUAUUGAAUCUGAGACUUGGGAUAGGAGCACACAAUCACAGGAUGAUGCAGAUGGAAAUCCAUCAGAUCUUGAGAAUGAAAGUUCUCAUGGUUUACAUAGAUCUCAUAAAAAGAGUGGUCGUUCCGGAAAGAAGUCUGGUGUCGUUGUUAUUCGCAACUUGAAUUAUAUAGCAUCCCAGAAGCAUGGAGGUAGGGGGUCUGAAAGUGACCCAAAGUCUGCUUCUGAAUCUGAAACAGAAGAGGAAAGUGAUGCACACCCCGAUGUGCGAGAAAGCAAGCACAAACACUCCAAGCGAAUUUCCAAGAGAGAAGAUCAUAGAACAAAACCUAUUGAAUAUUCUGAUGCAUAUGUCAAUGAUAAAGGUUCAUACAGGGAGGAGGCAGAUUCAGGAAAUUGGCAAGCAUUUCAAAAUUUCUUACUAAAUGCUGAAGAAAAAUCAAGAAGAGCUGACGAAGACAUGUUCGCAGGAGAGAAAGAUCCUCCAUCAAAGAAAAAACAAAGCAAACCUGAAGGUGAUCCCAUGGUUCCUCCUGAACGAGAUUAUGGUGAAUUUGAUGGCCACAAAAUGGUAGGAAUGGAUUUUAUUAAUGGGAAGGCAAGCCGAAUGAGGCAGAUAGCUUCUGAUGAUCAAUUAUUGGUUUCAAGUUAUGGAAGAGAUGCAAUAGAUAACCAGUUCAAGCAGAUAGAACGCUCAGGAGGUGCAUAUCGGCGGAGGAGCAGUGAAGAAUUCAUGAUUUACGGGGAAGAUAAGCAGUUAAAUGUGAUGAGGUCUUCUGAUCCACUCAUUGAUCCUGCCUCUGAGCAUAUUGAUAAUGCACCGAAGAACUCUUCAUAUACUAUGACAGAUGAGUCCUUUUUGAUUCCUUAUAGAUCAAAUUUACAGGAAGUUGGAUCAGACACCAUAGCUGUUAUUGACAUGGAUUCUGAGAUCCCCACAACCCUCGAGAAGCCACAAGUCUCAAAUGAUAAUGCCAGAAGCCAACUUUUCUUUGAACCAGAUGAGUUGUCUAUGGUCCCUGAUCGUAGAAUGGAAAGUUUAUCUAUAGGAUAUGAUCCAGCUAUGGAUUAUGAUUUUGAGCUUCCCGUUGAGAGUACCAUCAAACUCGUAGCUACUAACGAAGAGGAUCUCUCUACAAGCACAAAAGAAGAACCAAAGAAAUCCGACAAGGAGAAAAACUUGAAAGUCUCAACUGACAGCUCAGAGAAAAAGAGGGAUGCACUGUUAAAGAAGGGUGCAUCCUCAAGGCUUAAUUUGUUGACAGAGGCUCAAAAACGAGCGGAAAAGCUGCGAACUUAUAAAGGCGAUCUUCAGAAAAUGAAGAAAGAAAGGGAAGAGGAAGACAGAAAGCGUCUGGAAGCAUUGAAAAGAGAGAGGGAAAAGAGGAUAGCUGCAAGAAGCGGUUCCACUGCCACCCAGUCACCAUUGACACCAAAGCAAGCAAAACCCCAUUCAGCCACAAAGCCUUCACCAAGUCCUUACAAAGGCUCGAAGUUUAGUGAUGCAGAGCCUGUUUCUUCAGCCUUGAGGAAAUUACCUGCCCGAACCUCUUCAAAUGGUUCCAGUGAUCCCCCAAAAGCUACCAAAUCUAGCAGAUUAAAUGGAAAUGACAAUGGCUUAACUCGAUCAGCAUCUGCGUUGUCUGAGGUUAAAAAGGGAAAUGGACUCAUUUCAGAAUCAAAGUCAGAAUCUUUCCGGAUAAAAAGACUCUCAGAUCCUAAAAACAGUUCAACUUACCAUGCUUCUACUGUUAAGUCUUCAAGUGUGGAUCAAGCUCCUAAGAGAAAUGUGCCCAAUGAGCCCCAGAAAAAAAUUGCUGAAAUUAUGCAACUAGAUCAAAGUAAAUCAACAACUCUUCCUGAACUUAGAAUCAAAACAAAAACUUCAUCUGAAAAAUUUCAAGAUAAAACAGCUAACAAAGUUCCCGUGAAGAAAGAGAUUGAAAGCAAAACUUCUCAGGUUUCUAAGCGAAUUGAGAGGAAAUUAACCAAUGAAAAAUCACCUAGCAAUAAUGAUGAGUAUCAUGUCAUUGAGAAGACAGUGGUGGUGCUCGAAGACAAUGAGGUUCCUGCACCUCCUAUCCAGCGACCCGAUGAGAUAAUAGAAACGAAAGAAAGAUCACAUGGAGAUGGUUCAAUUACAGCUAAUGCAUCUAUUCAUGCACCUCCUUCAUCUAUUGUUAUGAGUCAGAUUGAGGAUUCUAGUCUAAGCAAGCUGGAUGAACUGCAGAAUCAUCCUGAGGUUGUCAUUCCUCAGCCAGGGAAUGAUCCUCCAAAGUUCUCAGGCUCAACUUUAAUAGAAAAGCCUCAUCAAGAUCCUUUUGCCAUGUUAAGCUCCUUUGAGGAUCCUAUUACUACUGUUUCGGAUUAUAAUGGUGGCCUAUCUGCAACUGAGUUUGAAACAGUUGUAACACAUGCCUCCACUUUUGAGAUUCCAGAUUCAGGGCAUCAAACUCAUGAAACACAUGAGAAGCCUCGGAGCAAGGAAACAAAAGGUAUUAGAAAGCUUCUGAAAUUUGGUCGGAAGAGGCACAGCUCAACUUCAGCUGAUGGUAAUCUUGACUCAGACGCAUCAUCUUUGGAUGAUCAAACUCUUGCUGCAGCUUCCUUCAGUGAUGUUUCACGGUCCUUUUCCCUCCUCUCACCAUUUCGAAGCAGAAACAGUGAGAAGAAACAGGCAGCAGCAUGAUGAGUUCUCUGCUCCAAAAUAAAGAACAGGAAGAAAGUGGGAUCUACUUCUACCAGGCAUAUAAUGCAUAUGGAUUGAGAUAUUUUGGUUCUUUUAGAAAUCAUUCUUGAUUGUUUUAUAGUCACAGUAAAGCUUGUGCUAUUUAUUCCCUACUGUCAACAUUGUUGUUUGAUGCAUUCAUAUACCGUUUGUUUGUAGAAGAAUUAACUAUGGAUUGCUGUUCAAAUUUGUCUCUUGGAGCAUUCAAUUUGUAUGGAACACAUCAAAUGUCAAAACAUCCACGAAAAGAGCAAAGUGUAUCAGUGAUUGCAUAAUAAUUUGUUGCCACAACCAGUCAUUUUAUUUAUGGAGUUUGUUUAGAUAUGAGGAAGUUGGGCACGGUUUUAGUCUUCGGUUGAAACAAUACAACGCUGCUGCCUGCUAUUGCGCCACCAAUGUAUCGAUGAUAUGAGGUGAAAUCAAUCAAUAAUAAUAGAACAAGGAGUAAAGGAAGUUCAUGUUUGUUGCAUUAUUGUUGUUUUAAGUCAUUCAAGGGGGGCUACUGGAUGGCUGUAAAAUGAGUUUUUAAACCUGAUUGUGGAGUACUUUGAGACUUUUGAAACUUAGGGUAGGGAAUUGUUAAAGAGAAGUUUCCUUUAAAGAAAUUCAUGAUCGAAUUCAAAAAACUGUAAGGGCCAGGAUGGAAUUAACCUCGCAUCCAAAUAUUAUGGCAAAUCACGACUUCUGUACAGAAUUUAUGCCGUUCACGAUCUCAAAUACUUUGAUUCUUUGCUUUGCCAGUUUGCCUCCUCCUCGAAUCGAUCGCAUCGGUUUCAUCUGCUGUUUUAACGAUUCUCCUUCAUUGAGAUCAAGAGCUAUUCUGCUUCGAUAAAUUCGUAUCUCCGUGUCAGUUCUAUUGCAUCUGGUAGUCUCACCGGCGGAGCGGAGGAUUAGACGAUUCGAUCGCUUCAAUUUUGUCAUCAAAAAGUUUGAUGGCUACUACUGUGUUCACUCCAUCAUUGGAAGGAAUGAAGCAUGUCAAAUUAGACAAUGGGAUUAUGCUUACAAAGCCCUUCCUUGACGUGUGCAAGCUUGUUCUCCCUGUUCUAGACAAUUUUGGAGCUGCGCUGGCUAUUGUUAAGUCUGAUAUUGGAGGCAACAUAACGAGACUGGAAAAUAAAUACAACUCUGAUCCAUCGAAGUUUGAACAUCUAUACAGUAUAGUGCAAGUAGAAGUAGAUGCUAAUACAGCUAAGGGCUCUUCAAGUUGCACCAAUGGUCUUCUGUGGUUAACAAGGUCUGUUCUUUUAUGCACCUUGGUAAUCUCUAAGGUUUUGAAUGGUAAAUUCCUACAUUUGGAUUCUAGAAUGUAAACGUUGAUUCAUGAUGUUGAAGCAUAGAGGAGAUGUAUACUUCAUUAAACCAAAAAUCUGUGUUUUUGAUAUAAUUGUUAGCAUGAGAUGAACCUGUCUUCAUGAUGAUUAUGAGUUGCUGUCCAUUUAACAGUUUUAUGAGUUAAGCUGUGUUUGUCUCAGAGCAAUGGACUUCCUGGUGGAGUUAUUCCGGAACUUACUAGUUCAUUCUGAUUGGAAAAUGACUCAAGUUUGCACUGAUUCCUACACCAAGACCUUAAAGAAAUGGCACGGCUGGCUUGCUAGUUCUAGCUUCACGGUUGCUAUGAAACUUGCUCCUGAUCGGAAGAAGUUCAUGGAUGUCAUUGGUGGAUCAGGUGACCUAAAUGCUGAUAUUGAACAAUUUUGCGAGACAUUUGCCCCUCUUCUGGCAGAGAAUCACAAGUUCCUUGCCAGCGUAGGUCUCGACGAUAUGAAGGCUUCCUGAUUGCGACAACUAAGUUUGUUCUGUUUCUCGCAACACCCGAGUAUCUUGCCAAACUUAUCCAACUACGAUGGAAAACAGAUACAAAUAAUCUUCUAGUGCAUGAGAGAUUCAUGACUUUUGUUACAAUUUGAUUACUGUUUGUACUUUCUACUGCAACAUUUGGGUUAUCUUGUGAACUGUAUCGUUCAUUUUUAAUGAAUAUUAAAUCUAAUUUACUUGUCUGGAA